AUGUUUCUUUGUGCCAGAAUAUAUGUGAUAGUUUUUAUACUUUUCAUACACAAUCAUGCAGUGCAAGCGGAAAAGGCACACAGCAAGUAUUCCAAGCAUGCCAACGCGCUUCCCGAUUCCGAAAUAUACGAGCCGGAUUUUCGAAACAUUCAGCGUCCAUUCCGCAUGGCAAAGCUGAACCUUGUCUGGACAAAGGCACAACAUCGGCUAACCGAACCGAAACUAAAGUCACUGUACACCGAGCUAAAGCUGCACGAUAAGGAAGAAAUUACCUACAAGCAGCUAAAGGAGAAAGAUAAGGAUGGACUGAAGGAAGCGGAGCUACGCAACAAGCUGGUUACCAUCAUGAGCACAUACGGAUUGUUGGAACAUUUCGACGAUACGCAAGACCCGGAAAAGUACAAAAUGUAUAAAGCGAACGAGGGCGGCACGAAGAAAGAUACCUACAAGAACAAGAGCCUGUUUAAGGACAAAAAGCUAAACAAAUUAUGGGAUAAAGCCGAAACGGCCGGCUUCACGAAGGAAGAGUUGGAUGCGCUGCGUGAAGAGUUUGAUCACCAUCAGGCCAAGAUCGAUGUGUACUACAGUUUACUCGAGCGGCUGGGUGAUGAUGAUGAAGGGGACAAUCAGGGAGAAAACGCGAUAAAUGAGGACGAACAUGAUCGAUACAAUGAGGUGGACCGGGCGGAAGAACCGGAUCGUUCACAACCGGGUGGUGGUGGCGGUGGUGCCAACAAACAGCACGCCUAUCUGCACAAAUCGAACCAGCUACGGGAGAAGCAUCGCGAGAUACGGGACAACUUUGAUCGGCUGGAUCGGAUCGCUUCCAAGGGACCAAACAGUCAGGAUUUCGUCGAACCGAAGGUGCAGGGCCUGUGGAGGGUAGCGCUCGCGAGCGACUUCAGUGCGGAUGAGCUAGCCUCGCUGAAGGUGGAACUGCUGCACUACGAAAGUCGGCUGCUGAAGUUGCGCCAUAUGCAUGCCGAGCAUGCGCUUAGCCUGGAGAAGCACAAGCAGAGCGAUGCCAAGGCGGACACGCACAAGCUUAUGGAGGAAAACAUUAAGAAGCAAACGCGCAAGGUGGAGAAAAUCCAGGAGGAGGUCGAGAGACGGAUAUUUAAACACUCGGAGUUGUGAG